AUGAAUAACAGUGUUGAUAUAAAAACUCUAUCCGAUGUGAAGCAAAAGGUCAAGUAUGAAAAGAGGACGCACUGCUUGGUGCUCAACAAAUACAAAGUGAAUGAGGUCCUGAAACAUAAGCAAGCGAAAAUAUGGUUCCUAAACAUCUUUCGCUUCCCUUCUGUACUGAAGAUGAGGGAGUACCAGGGGUGCCUAAUUGACGCGGCAGACUAUGACGGGGAACUCCUGCACUUUAUUCAUUCACACGUGGAGGGGUUGCAGGGGGGAGCAGAACACGUGGGUGGUAACGCCAACGGUGACGUGAACCGCAAUGUGGAUGCUGCGCUGGAAGACGCUCCGCUGGCAAACGCUCCGCUGGACGACUGCAGGCUAAUCCCGCUCAACGCGCGGUUCAACAAAGCCCUGCACGAGUUGAUGGAAGAGCAAGGGAAAAAGGUCAUGGAAGGCGUGUACAUGCACCCGGAAAAUGGGCAAGAGAGCGACUCUGCUGCGCAAUGCAACGAAGGGGAAACCCUGGAGGAACUCUUCCGCCUUAUAACCAAAGAAGGAAUCAAAAUCACAACAAUUCAGUUGCAGUUUGGGUACGACAAUAUGAAUAUGGCCGAAAUAUUGAAGAAGGUCUUUCCCUCCGAGAAUGAAGUGAUUCAUAAGUACGAAAUGAUUGGACACAUAGCUCACCUAAAUUUUUGUGAACGUUUUGAAAAUUAUAAAAAAGUAAUUGCAGAAAUUAUCCUAGACAAAAAUAAAAGCAUAAAAACAGUUAUAAACAAAAAGGAUAUUCUGCAAAAUGUGCAUAGGACAUUUAAUAUCGAAUUAUUAGCAGGAGAAAAAAAUUAUCUGACCACUUUAAAAGAAAACGAUAUUAAAAUAAAACUGAAUUAUGAAUUAAUUUAUUGGAAUUCAAAAUUAAAAAAAGAGAGAGAUCGAAUAUAUGACCUCGUUGAAAACAACUCCAUAAUUGUGGACCUCUUUGCUGGGGUUGGUAUAUUCAGUCUACACCUCAGCAAAAAAAAUUGCUUAUGUUUUUCAAACGAUAUUAAUGAGCAUGCUUAUAAUUUUAUGAACGUUAAUAUUAAAUUGAAUAAAAGGAAAAGUAUCCUCACAUAUAACAUGGAUGCUAGGGCCUUUGUCCAUAUGCUGCUUACAUUAAAUAUUUGCUCACGUGACACAUCAACGUUGAAAAUGGAGCUGAGUCAACAGAAUUGGAGAAACGUCUCGCUCGAUUUUAUAAACUCUGCGGAUCGUAGCACUGUUGAUGCGGGAAAAAGGAACAAGCGGGCAAGUGACCGGGAUGCUCCUAAGUAUGAUCCCGCCCUUCAAAAUGCCACCCAUGAAAAGAAGACGAAGCUGACCCAUGGUGAUGCAAGUGGUCACGUAGCAGAACACCCCUUCGAGUUCGCAGCCCAGCACCCUGAGGGGCAGGAGCAGAAAGUCCACCGAGACAAAAAGAACCAUGAUACGAAGAAGACAGAACAAGAUUCCCCCCCAAAUGAAACGCACCACGUGGAUAUUAAUUUAGGUCUCUACGGCGAUGUGCAUGUGCUCAUGAAUUUGCCUCAAACAGCUUUUGAAUUUUUGGAUGUCUUUCAGGAACUGUUGCAUAUGUACAGUAUUACUGGUCAAAAGGAUACCCAGGGAAAAUGCCACAGAGACCAAAUGAGGAAUGUGUUUAUACACUGCUACUUCUUCGCGAAGCCUGAGUUAUUUUAUGAAGAGGCGCAGAGAAACAUCCGGAUGCAACUGAGGGGUCUCCCGCGCGAGAUGAAGAUUACCGAGAUUAGGAAGGUCUCCCCCAGCAAGCUCAUGUACGUGGCGGAGUUCAACCUGAAGGACGUCUUUCCCCAGGACAUCCCAGUGAAUCCGCCCGCAGAGCAUCCCCCCAGAGUGAAGCAGGCAAAGGUGGGCUCAGUCACAGUUCACGUAUCAUCCGCGCAAGUGAUCCCCGGUGAAGACAUAGACAUAGAAGUAGGGCGCCGGUACGACGAGGACAGCAGCGAAAAACGCAGCAACCAGAAAAACAAAGGGGGAAAAGACAACGAGAACGUCCAGGGGGAGAAAAAAAUGAUAAAGAAGUUUGUGUAUCACAUCGUGGCAUAUAUUAUUUUUGCGCUUCAUUUAAAAUUAUACAUUGUUAAAGUUUUUUACGCAAAAUGGACAUGGGACAUGUAUCAUAUUUAUUUUUGCCUGGCCACUUUUUAUGUUAGCUUGAUCACCAUUUAUGCCAUUGCUGUUUUUUGUAAUUUGAAGAAAUUCGAUUUGAAGAAUUAUCCUGUGGAAGAAAUACAAUCAUGUAAAAAUAAUGGCAACCAGAAAAAUGUACACCCGUACACCUCCUUUGAGAGGUUGGACUUGGUCAAUAUGAAUUUCAUGAAGCUACUAUAUGGAGCCAUCUUUAUGGCCGGGUGGAAAACAGCAGCCCUACUCGUACUAGCCACGACCAACAUUUUCAUUUGUUUCGUGUUUUCAUUCUUCACGGGGAAGCACAAAGAAGACCAAGAAAACGCUAUAGUAAAAAUUUACUUAAAAGUUCUCAAGUUCAUUUGCAGAGCGUCCUUAUGGUUCUUUGGAAUUAAUGAAAUAGAAAGUCACUACCUGUGUGAUAACGACUGGCCAAAAAAUAUCGUUGCGAAUCACGUGUCUGCCCUGGACCCCUUCUAUUUUAUAAGUGAACAUGCAUGCAGUUUUGUUGCCAAGAAAUCCCUGCGCAAGGAUAUAGUGGCUGGACUUAGUGUUAUAUCUUUAAGGUGUGUAUUCGUGUACAGGGAAAAAUCAGAGGAUCGAAAAAUCGCCUUGGAAAUGAUCAAGGAAAGACAGCAGAUGGUAGAUCAGAAAAAAAAUAAUUUUCCAUCUUUUGUUAUAUUUUCUGAAGGAACCACAUCCAAUGGGAUGCAACUUAUUGAGCAGAAGAAAGGGGCCUUUUUUUCUCUCCUCCCCAUCACCCCUGUUUUGCUGGUGUACGAGUACGACUUUUUUAACCCCGCCUACGAUAUUUUGCCCUUCACCUGGUGGCUCAUCCUGAUUGUGUCCAAUUACCAAAGCAUGUCCCUCAGAACGUACUGGCUGCCCAAGGUCUACCCACCAGACAAAAAGAAAUUUCCGAACAUGACAGAGGAAGAACGCAUAAACGUUUUCCAUGACGAAGUGUCCAAAAUCAUGUUCCAAAAUAUGAAGAAGUAUAACCCUAGGGCGCCCCAAAAUAUAGACGACUAUAACGACUGGCCAGGAUCUCUACGUAUAAAAAUGGAGUUUUUUCAAGCCGCCUUGGGGAACAUAGCCACCAAGUAUAUAAUUAACGAAAAGAAUCGAAGUGAAAAAAAAUAA